CCAGGAACACAAAAUACAUUUCAAACUACUCCAGCUUAAGAAAAAUAGAAAAAAAAUCCGUAUUUGUUACGCUUUAAGUACAAGUACAAGGAAGCACAAUGUUGAACCGUAGGAAAUUAAUCCGUGAAUAUGAGCAGAAGCGGUUGGAUAUGCUAAAAAAGCUCCAGGAUGAAUAUCCACUGCCAGAGGCUCCACCCGAUCAAUGCCGAGAUUCGUUCCUUAAGAAACUGUUUGCGCCCUAUGAUGUGCCGCUGCCAUCAUUGGGAAUCCCGUCGGAGGGCGAUUUUUUCAUUCCUAAAAGGCAGCACAGUCGCUUAGGGUUCGGCUCAUUUCCAUUCAAUGCGGAGGAAAAACUGUUGAGCGACUAUCAUAAGUACGCUAGGGUGACGGCCUACCCUAUCAAAAAGUCGAUCAAACCUCUGAUAGAGGAGCGACUCAGUGUGCUGGACAUCAAUAAGUUGUUGAGGCUACGUUACGGCAGUAUAGCCAAAGCGAUCGGCUGUUUUGCCGUGCUCUGUCUGCUGACGGACGUCAGGUAUCGGAUGAGUGUGGUGCGGGAUAUGUGGCGCCACGAAACGAAUGUGGAUCGGAAUCUUCGGAUGUUCAGCUGGUCGAUUGAGGACUACCUCAGGCGCUUUAACCGACGCAACGAGAACUACUUGGAUAAUGUUGAGCUGGAGUUGAAGGGUCAAAUGGACUGCUUCAAGUUUCGCGUGGAUCUAAAGGAAAUCAUACGACUAGUCGAUGCACUCUACGAUGAUUUCAGGGUCAAGGGGGACAUCUGCAAUAACUCGCUGUAUCUCAUAAGAGAUGCCCAAGUGGAUAUUAUGGAGCUGGUGACAAACACUCGGAAGGAGGAGGAGGAUCGGCAAGCACAGCUAGCUGAGGCAAUGCAGAAAACACCGCGUACAGCCGAUCCAGGCGGCUACAGGCACAAGGAACUGAAUAAAAGAAUCAACCACAUGGAUUUUAUGGUGCCUAUUGAGGCGCGAUAUCGCAUCAAUUGGGCCCAAACAACAAUGGAACAGUCCCUCAUGAGUGACGAACUUGAUAUUAAGGCCAUAGAGGACGAGGUUAACUUUUACAAGGAUCGUGCCAAGGAAUUCACCUACUUUAGGGAGCUCUGUUAUCUGGCCUACGACUUGGAGCUAUCGGAUUAUAAGCGGCGUAUUAGCGAAACGGAAUCGGCAUAUGAGACAAGUAUGGAGCUAGUCGACAACGAGAUCAAAGUAACACGCAACAAGCUAUCAAAGGCCGUAGACGAUCUAAAAUUCUACCGAGAGCAGAUACCAAUGUUUCAUCGAAAAAUUGCUGAAGUUCAGGAGAUAUUUGCCCAACGGGAGGAGGCAAACAAGCCACCGGUGGUAGAGGAACCCGUUGCUCCUCCGCCAAAAGGUAAGGGAGGCAAAAAGGGAAAGAAAUAGUGAACACAAAACAAUAAAGAAGAUUUUUCUUAACGUUUAGCUAC